GGGGCCGCGGCCGCCGGGGAGUUCGCGGGGACAGGCCGAGUCCCCCUCCUCCCGGAGAGGCUGAGACCGUCCCUGGCCCGGCCGUCCCGGGCCGGCCCCGUAUUCGCCCCGGGGGGCGUAACUCGGUGCUGGGAGCGCGGUGGCCCGGGCGGCCGGGCUCACCUGUUACUCGGCCCCGGCCCAGAGCGCCCACUGAGUCACGGGGGCCGUGGAGGGGACUGGGCGCUGGGGGACGCGCGGGGCCGGGGUUCCCACGGACGGGGCCCGGCGGGCUUGCCCCGCCGCGGCGCCCGGCCGUGCCCGCUGUGCCCGGCUCUGCCAAGCGCGGCCGCGGAGCGCACGCCUCCUGCCUGCUGACCCUCUCGUUUGGUUUCUCGCAGGCCUCUGCCGCAGACAUGGAGAAACUCAGCGCGCUGCAGGAGCAGAAGGGCGAGCUGCGCAAGCGGCUGUCCUACACCACACACAAGCUCGAGAAGCUCGAGACCGAGUUCGACUCCACGCGCCACUACCUGGAGAUCGAGCUGCGGCGCGCGCAGGAGGAGCUGGAGAAGGUCACGGAGAAGCUGCGCAGGAUUCAGAGCAACUACAUGGCACUGCAGAGGAUCAACCAGGAGCUGGAGGACAAGCUGUACCGCAUGGGCCAGCACUAUGAGGAGGAGAAGCGUGCACUGAGCCACGAGAUUGUUGCCCUCAACAGCCACCUGCUGGAAGCCAAGGUGACCAUCGACAAGCUGUCGGAGGACAACGAGCUCUAUAGGAAGGACUGCAAUCUAGCGGCCCAGCUGCUGCAGUGCAGCCAGACCUACGGCAGGGUCCACAAGGUGUCUGAGCUGCCCUCGGACUUCCAGGAGCGUGUGAGCCUGCACAUGGAGAAGCACGGCUGCAGCCUGCCCUCCUCUGUCUGCCACCCGGCCUAUGCCGACAGCGUCCCCACCUGCGUCAUCGCCAAGGUGCUAGAGAAGCCUGACCCUGCCAGCCUGUCCUCCCACCUGUCCGAUGCCUCGGCCCGAGACCUGGCCUUCUGCGACGGGGUGGAGAAGCCAGGCCCGCGGCCCCCCUACAAGGGAGACAUCUACUGCAGCGACACGGCCCUCUACUGCCCAGAGGAGCGGCGGCACGACCGGCAGCCCAGUGUGGACGCGCCCGUGACCGACGUGGGCUUCCUGCGGGCCCAGAACUCCACCGACAGCGCGGCUGAGGAGGAGGAAGAGGCCGAGGCGGCGGCCUUCCCGGCGGCCUUCCCGCACGAGGCCUUCCCUGGCUAUGCGGGCUCGCUGCCCACAUCCAGCUCCUACUCCAGCUUCAGCGCCACGUCGGAGGAGAAGGAGCACACGCAGGCCAGCACGCUGACCGCGUCCCAGCAGGCCAUCUACCUGAACAGCCGCGAUGAGCUCUUCGACCGCAAGCCGCCCUCCGCCACCUACGAGGGCAGCCCUCGCUUUGCCAAGGCCACGGCCGUGGUGGCAGCCCCGCUGGAGGCCGAGGUGGCCCCAGGCUUUGGGCGGACCAUGUCACCGUACCCAGCCGAGACCUUCCGAUUCCCGACCUCUCCGGGUCCCCAGCAGGCCCUGAUGCCCCCAAACCUGUGGAGCCUAAGGGCCAAGCCGGGGACUGCCCGGCUCUCCGGGGAGGACAUGCGGGGCCAGUGGCGGCCCCUGAGCGUGGAGGACAUCGGCGCCUACUCCUACCCGGUUAGUGCCGCUGGCCGUGCCUCACCCUGCAGCUUCUCUGAACGCUACUACGGUGGGGCCGGGGGCAGCCCGGGCAAGAAGGCCGACGGCCGCACCAGCCCACUCUAUGCCAGCUACAAGGCCGACAGCUUCUCCGAGGGGGAUGACCUCUCCCAGGGCCACCUGGCAGAGCCCUGCUUCCUGCACGCGGGUGGGGACCUGAGCCUCAGCCCCGGCCGCUCGGCUGACCCACUGCCCGGCUACACACCCAGUGAGGGGGGCGAUGGGGACAGGCUCGGGGUGCAGCUGUGUGGGGCCACCAGCAGCCCUGAGCCCGAGCCGGGCUCCAGGGACUCCUUGGAGCCAAGCUCCAUGGAGGCCUCCCCGGAAAUGCACCCCGCCGCCCGCCUCAGCCCCCAGCAGGCCUUCCCGAGGACUGGUAGCUCGGGGCUGAGCCGCAAGGACAGCCUCACCAAGGCCCAGCUCUACGGAACCUUGCUCAACUGAGCACCACGUGCAGGCCUGGCUGUGGGCCUCUCCCCGCCAGCCCAUGGCGCCCCAAGGGGCCAGCCUCAGCCCCCAGCCCUUGCUGUUCCCCCGCCCCCGCCAACAACCAGGCGUCUGUUCCUCCCCGUACCUCCUCUCCUCCCCAACCCCAUAGGCCCAAGAGGAGGAUCCCCCCGCACUGCGGUGUCCACCAGCCCCGCCCCGUGGAACUCCACUUAAAACGUUUUUCACACUCGUCCUUCCCCCAUCUGAGAGGGGCAUCCCCCCUUUUAUAAAGCGAAACUAUUUUUAUAGAGAAAAAGGGUCUUUCUUAACGCACUUGGCCUCCAGCUCCCUGGACGGCUGCCUUGGCGUUUUCAACACAAAGCUCCUUUAUUUUUGGGUGAGGGUGCGUGGGGCCUGCCCCUUGGAAGGGAAGGGAAGGACCGUGUCCCAUGGAGACUGGACUCUGCAAGUGGGGAGACCACCCCCACAAGCCGGUGACAAGGGAACUCAGAAGUUGUGUCCACGAAGAGGGAGCUGAAACGAAUUUGGGGCUAUGAAGUGUUUUAAAAAUCCAUUUCUUGCAGUGUGGCCACCACAACGCCCUGAGCCCCCCCACGGCCCGUAGUCCCGGGUGGGCGGGGAUGAUGCCCCAGUGCGGCUGGUGCUCAGUCCCGCCCCCACGUCCAUCCCUGACACCGUCUUACUCUACCUCAGACAUGAUGAGGCCCUCCACUCCCAGUUUCUGUAGCUUGCGUUCCUGUCGUCUCUGAUGCAUGCCCUGUCAGUUACUAUUGUAUUUUGCAUUCAUUAAUAAAAGACACUGGUGGAAAGAA